AUGUCUUCCUCUUCUUCUUCUUCUUCUGAUAAGCAGAACCCCGGCCUACUUGGAGGGGUCGGCAACACCCUGGGCAAGACUGUCGGUGGGGUAACUGACACUCUGGGCACUGCCGUGGGUGGAUUAGGAAAAACCGUUGGUGGAGCGACUGAGGGUCUGGGAAAAACUGUCAGUGACACCAGUGAAGGACUUGGCAAUACCACCCAGAAUGCUGGAGAGUCGGCGGGGAGCAUAUUCACCAAGACCGAACAGAAGAAGUGA